GUGCGAGCCUGAGAACCAGCCGCCGACGGGUCACAUGAUAAGCGCGGGGGUCAGCUGACCGGAAGUAGCUCGAGCGGAGGAAGGCGCUGGGUCGUUGCUAUGGAGCGCUACGAUAAAGCGGCGCCCCCGGAGCUCGGGCAAAAUGAGGGCUCCUUAACAUCAACUCUAAGAACGCUUCUGUUCUUCACAGCUCUGAUGAUCGUAUUACCUAUUGGGCUGUACUUCUCUUCAAAGGCUUAUGUAUUUGAAGGUAUCUUGGGAAUGUCCAACAGAGACAGCUAUUUUUAUGCUGCCAUCGUCGCUGUAGUUACUGUUCAUGUGGUACUUGCUCUCUUUGUCUAUGUAGCUUGGAAUGAAGGGUCUCGCCAGUGGCGUGAAGGCAAGCAGGACUAAAGCAAGCAUCACCAUCUGAUAUCCACAGACUGGAGACUGGAUAUUUGUGGAUGGAGUGAAAAACAUUCUUGUGCUGUAUACAUAUACAAAAUAGAAGUUAAUGCCUCUGGGCUCUGAAUGCCUGUGUGUGAAUAGUCCAAGAUUCGUGCUCAUCUCAGCUGAAUACUAGUAAUGUGGUCGAAGGGUGACAAUUUAUAAUCAACCUCAGCUUGGCAAAGUUGGAGAAGCCUUUACCUGAAAUUGGAGUGUGUCUUGUAUGUGUACAACAAGUUUGGGGUUUUUUACAGUUUAGUUCUGACCUGCUAACAAGACGCACAGAAAUUGAGACACACAUAUCGGUCAGUUAUGAAGCGAAAUUAUGCAUUGCUAAUGUUAAGUUACUGGUUUAAAAAGCUGAGUAACGUUCUAGUAGGACUAAAACCGAGUAGAUUUGAUUCCUACUUGCUCUGGGUGGAUGCUCUGUUUUAAAAACAUGGAAUCAAAUUGAGCAGCACUUUGUGCUACUCAGCCAUAGUAGCAUGAGUGUACAGUCCACAUUUUUAGUGGAAGAACAGGAAGAGAAUGUUUCUUACAUAAGAGCUUGCAUAUGGGAGAGUGGCUUAUUAAUAUUUUAUGGGAACUGUGAGCUAUCAGAACAACAGAAUAGAGGAUGCACUCUUAAAAUUUCACUAUCAGACAUAUCUCAAACUCCCUGAAAAUCAUUAGCUUGCAUCAAAACAUUUUCUGACUCUUGCCAUUCAUUUCCAGGAAAAAUUAUUAGGAACCAUGUAAUAUGGUGUCUUACUGCUUCAGUAAGCAUGGCAAAUGCAUUUGAGGGAUUCUACUGCAGCUGGGGUGGUGUACUUAAGCCUCAAGACCAAAUAGAUGAAAGUAACCUCCCAAGCAAUGCAGUAAAUCUCCUACAAAGGCAUGUUUGGGAGUAAUGUCAUAGCAGCGUAGCAAGAUGGUCAGAAAAUUCAGUUGGUGUCUUCCAUUUCAUAAUGAACAAUUUUUUAGUUAUUUUUUAAUUUUGGCUUGUUGCAUUUUUUUACUGACUUUUUUUUUUCUCCCAACUGACAUUUUCAAUAUCUCUAGAAGAUUUCUGUAAUCCUGACCUGCUCGUACUUCCACUCUUACCACCUUGAAGCUUUGAUGCAAAGGAGAACUGCCUGUUGUUUUCUUGCCAGUGACAAUGCGAAGUUGCAAUUGCUCCUAAACAAUUCUUGCUUUCAGCCACCUCCCACCGCUAAUUGAACGUGUUGGAUAUUUCUUAUGGUGCAAUCAUGGACAAAAUACAUUGAAGCGUGUGUUUGGGAGACGUGCUGGAGGAACAAGUGAGAUUUAAGGGGAGAAAGCCAGCUAAAGCAAUACCCUUAAAACUUUUGUCCACUAUUAAAUAAAACAUAAUGGUGACCACGUUUUGUUAUCACUACCUCUUCCAUGACAGAUACCCACUUUUCAUAUUUUGUCGAAUCAUGAAAGAAAUGAAUUUGUUCUAAUUUUCUAUCCUCUUGGAAGGAAAGGGGCUCUACCCAAAGUCGCAUCAGGAUGAAAUAUGUCUAACAGAUCAUUAUCCUGAGUUUCAUUCUGCUUUUGUAUUAACUAUAUUAUUUUUCUGUGUGGAGCAGCAUUUUUCCUAAGAUUACAGUAAUGCAUAGCCUUUCCUAUACUUUUUUUUUUUAAAAGGUGCUUUGUGACUUUGCUUUUCCUGUUUCACUUGUGUCCUGUUCCUACAAUUUCAAAGGAAUUGUUGGUUGAUGUGGGAAUUGGAUUGUUUGUACCCACACUUGUGGUCUGCAGACUACGACCACAAAUAUGGUAGAUCAACUAUUUGGACUUGUGUGCACAAUAGGUACAGAAGUCUAUUAAGAUAGACUGUGACCCACCCACCCCUAUGCACUAAUGUUCAGGAGCAAGCCCUAAAAGUGAAGCAUACUACAUGUUAGCUUCAGAUUAGCCACAAAUCUGUUUUUAAAUCUCAUGUCUGAAACAUUAACUUUUCCAGUCUGGAAGACAAGUGUUGCUGGCUCACUAGAGAAGGAUACUGUAGUUAUUUGAAAUGCAGAUUUAUUUUGUAAGAUGACAUUCUGAGAUCCCCAUUCCCCACUAUAUGUACCCCCAUGUUAUAUCAGAGCUCUUUAAUAAAGAAUUCCAGUACCGAGGCUUAGUAAACGUAAA